AUGCAGCACGCAGGCACACGUUCAAACAAGAGUGACACCGCAAAGGAUGCCGCACACUGCUCGGAUACGACGUCAUUUCAGGAAGAUGCGGCCCACGUGAUCAUGGAGGUUGAUCGCCUUACAGAGCAAGGCGUUGCCACCGCAGACAUUGCGAAAUUGCGGCAGGCAGGCAUUUUUACAGUUGCGGGGAUCCACAUGCAGUGCCGAAAAGACUUGGCGCUUAUCAAAGGCCUUUCGGACGCCAAAGUGGAAAAAAUCAUUGAGGCGGCACGAAAGCUCUUCGACUGUGGGUUUACGAAUGGGGUCACGUACCUGCAGCAGCGUGGCAAGGUGACACGCAUGACAACUGGAAGUACUGCUCUCGAUCAAUUAUUAGGGGGAGGUAUUGAGAGUAUGUCAAUUACAGAGGCCUUUGGUGAAUUUCGCACGGGAAAAACACAGAUUGCACACACGCUCUGCGUGACCUGUCAAUUGCCCACUUCCAUGGGCGGGGGCAAUGGGAAGGUGAUAUAUGUGGACACAGAAUCCACUUUCCGUCCCGAACGCAUUAAGCCUAUUGCAGCUCGAUUUGGUCUUGAUGCGGACGCAGUACUUAAUAACAUUCUUGUGGCACGGGCGUACACACAUGAGCAUCAGAUGCAUUUGCUCUCCAUGGUGGCCGCAAAGAUGGCAGAGGAUCAGUUUGGCUUACUUGUGGUGGACAGCAUUACUGCUCUGUUUCGGGUUGACUUUUCAGGUCGAGGUGAGCUGGCGGAACGACAGCAGAAGCUCGCAAAAAUGAUGAGUCAUUUGAUAAAACUAGCUGAAGAGUUCAAUGUGGCGGUGUACAUUACAAAUCAGGUUGUGGCAGACCCUGGUGGUGCAUCGAUGUUUGUUGCCGAUCCGAAAAAGCCAGUCGGUGGGCACAUUCUUGCACACGCCUCCACGACACGAUUGUCGCUCCGCAAGGGCCGAGGCGAUCAGCGUGUUUGCAAGAUCUAUGACAGUCCGUCCCUGCCGGAGGUGGAGUGUGUCUUCAGUAUCUCCGAACAGGGCAUCGUUGAUGCACGUGAGUAG